GAACAAGACAUUUUCUAGGAAGAUGGUGGCAGAAAAAGAGACCUUGAGCUUAAACAAAUGCCUAGACAAGAUGCCGAAGAGGACCAAGCUGCUGGCACAACAGCCGCUGCCGGUGCACCAGCCUCACUCCCGGGUUUCUGAGGGCUUCACAGUCAAAGCCAUGAUGAAAAACUCAGUCGUAAGAGGCCCCCCAGCUGCAGGAGCAUUUAAAGAAAGACCAGCCAAGCCCACAGCAUUUCGAAAAUUUUAUGAGCGAGGAGACUUCCCAAUUGCCCUUGAGCAUGACUCGAAAGGAAACAAAAUAGCGUGGAAGGUAGAAAUUGAGAAGCUGGAUUACCACCAUUAUCUGCCUCUGUUUUUUGAUGGGCUCUGUGAAAUGACAUUUCCCUAUGAGUUUUUUGCUCGGCAAGGAAUCCACGACAUGCUGGAACAUGGGGGGAACAAGAUUCUUCCUGUCAUUCCACAGCUCAUUAUCCCGAUAAAAAAUGCUCUGAACCUCCGAAACCGACAGGUCAUCUGUGUCACUCUCAAAGUCCUCCAGCAUCUAGUUGUGUCAGCUGAGAUGGUGGGUGAAGCUUUGGUGCCCUAUUACCGUCAAAUCCUCCCUAUCCUGAACAUCUUUAAGAAUAUGAAUGUGAACUCCGGAGACGGCAUCGACUACAGCCAGCAGAAGAGGGAGAACAUCGGAGACCUGAUCCAGGAGACGCUGGAAGCCUUUGAGCGCUACGGAGGAGAAGAUGCCUUCAUCAACAUUAAGUACAUGGUCCCCACCUAUGAGUCGUGCUUGCUAAACUAA